AUGUCCGAGCUCAUCAUGAGCUGCAAGGAGCCUGAUACUGUCGUGAUCCCUGAGCGUCCAGAUGUUGCGGAUUUCGACUCCACCUGCGAAGGAGGCAAUCCCGAAAGGCAAAGCGGAAUUGACCGCGUCGAAAACCAUCGCACGCACUCAGUGUCGUCGUCAAUGGAGACCAUUGACGGCGCGAAUGGCAAUGAUGCUGUUAAGCAUGGUUCCGCGCGAGGUUCUCACGAUGUAUCAAGCGAAUCGACUUCUCUUCAACAAGACGGAAAUGCCGCCGAAGACGCCAUGAGUUCAAAGUCGAGCCCUGAGGAUGAGGAUCUAUUUACCUGGCUCAAAGAGCAGCCCAAAAAAGUCAAUGUCAAAUGGAGCGACUAUGAGGCAUUCAGGAAUCGCUUUUCUUUCGAGGAGGGACUCGACGUCAUAGAGGUUCUGGAGGGUGACCCGGACCAGUUGAGGAUGGAGAUUUCGCGCGAACGUGGAAAACGACAUAUGCAGCACAAGAAGCAUUCCGCAUCGCGGGGGAAGCAUCAAGUGGAAAACGAUGCAAAAUUCAUCCAUCUAAUCAAGAUUCAGUCUGAAGUAAUUCUAUAUGUUUUGGCUAGGCUGACGGGCGCAGACGAUUGGAAUGGUGUGUCGUCAACUUUUUUGCGGCCCUUUCAGACCUUUUACUAUUCAUUGCCGUAUGCAAAACAGGCUCUAAAGAUAUUGGAGCGUCUUUUCAACGAGCAAGAGAGUCAAAGCGGAGGCGUGACAAUUUACAGUGGCCCAUUGGAACGAUUGGAAGGAGUUCACUCUAUCGAGACCGAGGAUCCUGUGCAGAAGCUAAGCAUGCCUUCUGACCUGGACAUAGAGGACAUUAUUUAUGGCCUUCUCGACUUCAACUCCGAGGCGAAAAAUAUUUUGACGGCCGUGGAGCAUAUGAAACUGUACACCGACUUCGUGGAAAAAUACAUCGUCCCCAUGUGGGUUGAGGCCAGAGGAUCUUCCAAGCACAAGGUACGAUUCUCUGACUUGCCCAUGUUUUAUCGUCCAGGUGAUAUCUUGUACGAGCCCCUCAGAGCCGGAGAUUUCAAGACCAAGGCCCGCAAAGCCGACUUCGACGCUGCCAGAAGCGGGGGACUGGCUGUCCACCAGAAUUACUGGAAGCUUUGCUAUGCCCAUUUCGAAGCUUUUCCAUCUCACAAGGGGCGCCAGGACAAGGAAUACGAACAUAUUGGUACGGCGUUAUUGAACCAAAGCUUCAGACUGAGCAGUUACCACGUUGAUUUCGAUGGCGAUAAUUACGGGCCAAUGCCUUGCGAAACAUUCAUUUCCAAUUACGAAGGGGAGAGAGACAUACGAAGCUUAACUCUGUACCCGCUUCGGUUCUACGCCGACGCUGCCCAGACCUUCACCGACCUCACAGCCCGUGCCAAAAAUUUUCUUUCUUAUGUCCUGGAAAAGCACUUGUCCUACGAUGGGUGGCCGUUGAUCCAUGAGACGUAUGCUGGAAACUUGGGCAAGAAGCAGAAGAGGGAUGGAGCAGAACAUAUUGAGGGCGAGAUCAUGAUUGAUUUCAAAGAGGGCUUUCAGUCUGACUCUGGCUUUGUCAAACCCAAGUUCGAUAUUCCGGCUGAGCUUGAAAGUGGUGGUCCGACACAACACAGUUCUCACAUAAACAAGGAAGACAAAGUGUUGAGAGCUUUUGGAGAAGAGCAGGUGGUCUCUGACUUUGACCCCGAACAUCUGUUUCUCUUCCCUCAGCGCCUAAUUGCAUAUUCUUUGCGAGCACGCAGAUUCUUCGUUGCGAACAUCGACUCCAUCAGUUUUAUCACAGCACCGAAAAGCCCCUUUAGGGACCUCAAGAUCGAAGUUGAGCACAAGAGAAUCCUGAAGUCACUUGUGGGGCGUCAUUUCGAGAAACAGGACAUCCGCCGACAGAAUAAAGAUGCGAUUCUUGACCAAGACUUCAUUCGGGGCAAGGGCUCCGGUCUUAUAAUCUUGCUGCAUGGCGUGCCAGGAGUAGGGAAGACAACUACUGCUGAGGCAGUUGCGUUGGAAAAUCGCAAGCCACUGUUUGCGCUGACAUCUGGAGAUCUGGGAUCCACAUCGAAAGAUGUUGAGACAGCACUCCGAGAAACGUUUCGCCUUGCUGCUCUGUGGAACUGUGUCUUGCUUCUGGAUGAAGCUGAUUUGUUCCUUGCGAAGCGGGACAUCGGAGAUUUAGUGCGAAACUCUCUCGUGUCCGUUUUCCUUCGCGUGCUUGACUAUUACGACGGAGUCUUGUUUUUGACGACAAACCGCGUGGGCAUUGUCGACGAGGCCUUCCGGUCCAGGAUCCACCUUUCACUCUACUAUCCUGCUCUGAGGAAAAAGCAAGCUCUCGAGAUAUUCAAACUCAACAUUCGGCGAAUAAAGGAGAUUGAGAAGUCUAAGGCAGUUAUUCGCGGGAAAGGAGAUGAUAGCCAGCCGAGAUUACCUCCCACCGAGAUUGACGAAGACAGCAUCCUCAACUUCGCCACGCGACACUGGGAAAAUGCGAGGAACAAUCCAAGCAGAAGAUGGAACGGCAGGCAGAUCAGAAACAGCUUUCAAAUCGCUUACUCUCUGGUCAACUUGAACCAAAUUAGCGUACCGGAGUCCCAUUACGACGAUGAUUACGACGACGAAGAAGUCGACUACGAUGAUGAGCCAGGUAUCGAUGACACACACUCCGGAUUCAAGGACCCAGGAGUCACUGUGGCCUCUUCAAUCUCAUCCGGGCAAGAAAAGAAGCUCGGAAAGCUCGAUAGCUCGCAGUUCGAGAUCGUGGCGCGCUCCAUCCAGCGCUUCGACAGCUACCUUUACAGAACACAGACGAUUAUGUGGAAUCAGAUGAUGAGUAUCGAUCCCUGCAAGGGCGUGAUCGAUACUCUGAUGCUAGGUUUCCUCGAUCAUCACCACAUCGUGCGACGCAUUUUCGGUCAAAUGCACCUCCAGGUCACCUAG